AUGCUGCCACAAACAGCCCUUUUGCUGCUACUGUCCCUGAACCUGGUUCAUGGAGGAUUUUAUGCUGAGCGAUACCAAACACCUACAGGCAUAAAAGGCCCACUCCCCAACACUAAGACACAGUUCUUCAUUCCCUAUGCCAUAAAGAGUAAAGGUGUAUCAGUAAGAGGAGAGCAAGGUAUCCCUGGUCCCCCAGGCCCUGUGGGACCUCGAGGGCACCCGGGUCCAUCUGGACCACCAGGAAAACCAGGCUACGGAAGUCCUGGACCCCAAGGAGAGCCAGGAUUACCAGGACCACCAGGACCAUCCGCCACUGGAAAGCCAGGUUUGCCAGGACUCCCAGGAAAACCCGGGGAGAAAGGACUAUAUGGACCCAAAGGAGAUAUUGGACCACCUGGUUUACCAGGACCACGGGGCCCACCAGGGCCACCUGGAAUCCCCGGCCCAGCUGGAAUUACUGUUCCAGGAAAACCCGGACAACAAGGACCUCCAGGAGCCCCAGGACCCAGAGGCUUUCCUGGAGAAAAGGGCACACCAGGAGUCCCUGGUGUGCAUGGACAGAAAGGGGAAACAGGAUAUGGUACUCCUGGACGCCCAGGUGAGAGGGGCCUUCCAGGCCCUCAGGGUCCCAUGGGACCACCUGGCUCUCCUGGAGUAGGAAAAAGAGGUGAAAAUGGGCUUCCAGGGCAGCCAGGCAUCAAAGGUGAGCGGGGCUUUCCAGGAGAGAGAGGACCAGCUGGCCCGCCAGGCCCCCAAGGUCCUCCUGGGGAGCGAGGACCAGAAGGCAUUGGAAAGCCAGGAGCCCCUGGAGCCCCAGGCCAGCCAGGGAUUCCUGGGACAAAAGGUCACCCUGGGGCCCCAGGAAUAGCUGGGGUCCCCGGGGCUCCUGGCUUUGGGAAACCAGGGUUACCAGGCCUGAAGGGACAAAGAGGACCUAUUGGCCUUCCAGGGAGUCCAGGUGCCAAAGGGGAACAAGGCCCAGCAGGCCAUCCUGGGGAACCAGGUCUGACUGGACCCCCUGGAAACAUGGGACCCCAAGGACCAAAAGGCAUCCCAGGCAACCAAGGAAUUCCAGGCCCUAAAGGUGAGACAGGACCGGCUGGGCCUGCAGGACACCCUGGGGCUAAGGGAGAAAGGGGUUCCUCUGGGUUAGAUGGAAAACCAGGGUACCCGGGAGAACCAGGCACCAGUGGUCUUAAGGGAAAUGCAGGGCUCCCAGGCCCAAAAGGUGACCCUGGAGUUAAAGGACCUCCUGGUCUCCCAGGUCCUGUGGGCCCAGCAGGAGCUAAGGGAGUACCUGGACACAAUGGUGAGGCUGGUCCAAGAGGUGCCCCUGGAAUACCAGGUACCAGAGGCCCCAUUGGGCCACCAGGCAUUCCAGGAUUCCCUGGAUCUAAAGGGGAUCCAGGAACUCCAGGUCCUCCUGGCCCAGCUGGCAUUGCAACUAAGGGGCUUAAUGGUCCCACUGGGCCACCAGGGCCUCCAGGUCUGAGAGGCCACACUGGAGAGCCUGGCCUCCCCGGUCCCCCAGGCCCUCCAGGCCCCCCAGGCCAGGCAGCCCCGUCCGAGGGCUUUAUAAAGGCAGGCCAAAGGCCUCUUGUUAGUGCCAACCAGGGAGUAACGGGGAUGCCUGUGUCUGCGUUCACUGUUAUUCUCUCCAAAGCUUACCCAGCUAUAGGUAUUCCCAUCCCAUUUGACAAGAUUCUGUAUAACAGGCAACAGCAUUAUGACUCAAGAACUGGAAUCUUUACCUGUAGGAUCCCAGGAACAUACUAUUUCUCCUACCACGUGCAUGUGAAAGGGAACCAUGUUUGGGUGGGCCUGUAUAAGAACGGCACCCCUGUCAUGUACACCUAUGAUGAAUACACCAAAGGCUACCUGGAUCAGGCUUCCGGGAGUGCCAUACUCGAUCUCACAGAAAAUGACCAGGUGUGGCUCCAGCUGCCCAAUGCUGGGUCAAAUGGGCUGUACUCCUCUGAGUAUGUCCACUCCUCCUUCUCAGGGUUCUUGGUGGCACCAAUGUGA